AGCCCAGCACACAUGAUAACAAAAUGUAAAACUGAAAUUCAAAUGGAAAUAAAUGCAUUCACUGGUCAACGCCGGCUACUUUUCUACUCAAAUGACUGUUAAACCGACAGAAUAAUUACUCCUACGCAGAUUCAUCCAUAAAUCCAGCCUCAGAAUGUCUAGCUCAUUUGUAGCAGACAACUCAGAGCAGAAGCCAGAGCAGGGCUCGGUGGUCAUAGUUCUGAAUGAAGAUGGAACUGUUUCACUUGACGAGCAGACACUUCAGAAAUUGCUUGCUGCGAAAAACCUGCAGCAGCAAGUGAGCGUCGUUCGCAUGAGCCAAAGCGGUGAAGGUGGAGAAAUGAUGAGCGCGCCCAUCACCCUGGACGAUGUUGUCAUCUCUGACGAUGGCCAGCCAGAAGUGAAUCUCACGGUUAACAACUUCUUCCCUAAUGCUACACCCACGGACGGUGUGCCAUCCUCUUCGGACAAUAUCGAUCCUUUCAUGCAAAUGGAUCCUGAGCAGCUGGAAAAUUUGGAGAAUGCUCUUCAGUCAGAGCAUGCUAAGCAAAUCCUCGGAGAAGGCGUCAGUGCCAUGUUAGGCAUGUUAACGCCCAAAGACGAAAUGGGUGACGUGCCAAGCAAGAAAACCACCAGCAUUCAGCUGGACCACUGUUAUACCGGCAGUUCAAGAAAGAACUCUGAUGAGUCUGCUGAAGAGACAGAGAGCGAGGAGGAUGAGGAACUCGAGAGGAAAAGACGUAUGCAGCAUCAGCCAAGAGGAAGGGGCCGAGGAGCGCGAGGUGGUAAAACCGUUCCUACAGGUGUGUCAAGGGGUAGAGUGGCAAAGGUUGCUGCCGUUCGCAAAUCAACCAGAGCUGCGCCUCCUGUGGUGGUCCCACCUCCUGAGAGCACGCCGCCUGCCAACUUGACUAAGCUGGGUCAGACGCCAGCCAAAACCCUUUUGCGCGUGGCUAAAACGUCACCUGUCAAAGAGCCCCCUUUCGUUCCUGAGCGCAAAACCUAUCCGCAAAGGACAAACCGCAAGCCGCCGGCGCAUCUGGCUGAUGCCUUCCCUCCUGGCCUGUCGGCUAGCGCUGAGAGUCAGAAAAAGUCUGUGGAACUGGUCAAAAGUGAACCUGUGCUGGAGGUGCUGCCAAAAGCAGAAGACAUUCCAGCCUUCCCCAUAGAUAUUAGCGCUGCUCAGGCGUUGCUUGAGCCAGAAGCGAUUGAGGAGCUGCAGGCUGUCCUCAGUGACCUUGGACCUGAAGUGUUAAAACCACUGGAGGAGGCAAAGGCCGAGAUGGAUAAAGCAUUGCUAGAGGAGGCGCAGGAAGAGAAGCUGAAGGCGCAGGCAGUGGUGGCUAGGAGGAGAAGCUCGUCCGUCAAGGCGGAGGAUGAGGCGGCCAAGGGUGGUCGGCCGGCCAGGAAGAGUGGCCUCAGCAAAGUCACGUCGGACGCUAUCAAGGAUAUACAGGCGGACAGCGACGAAGAGGAUGAUGAUGACGAUGACGGCGACGAAGAGUGGGACUCUGAGGAUGACCCAGACAAACUGUGGUGCAUAUGCCGCAAGCCACACAACAACAGAUUCAUGAUAUGCUGCGACAAGUGUGAAGAUUGGUUCCAUGGCAAGUGUGUGGGUAUCACCAAAGCGAUGGGGAAACAAAUGGAGGCUCAAGGCAAAGAAUGGACCUGUCCAAAAUGUAAAAAAUUACUCAUGGCGAACGAAAUCCCUCUGAAAGCUAAUGAGCCAGGUGAAAAAAUAGACCCUGAAGUCGAAGCUCCUGCUAAAGCCAGGAGGAGCUCAUCGGCCUCCUCCGCCUCUUCAUCCGCAACAAACAAGAAGAGUCCCAAAGCGCCACCAGUGGCGAAAACGCCAGAGAAACCUCAAAAGCUCUCAUUGAAAAGGCCAGAGGCUAAAAAACUGGCUCCUCUGACCAUUGAGCAACCUUCGCAACCCCCACCGCUAGUUCCGACUGCAGUGAAGAAAGUCUCGUGUAUUGUGUGCAAGAAACCUGCUCGCACUUCAAGCAUCUACUGCAGUGACGAUUGCAUCCUUGUUCACGCUCAGGACGCGCUAAACCUACUGAAAAAGGAUAAGGUUCUAACACCUACAACUCCAAAGGUUUUUGACCCAACCAAGAGUCAAGAAACACCUCCGGCAGACACCUCUGAAAACAGAGUGUUAAUGUAUGAACAGAAGAGUGGUAGGAUUCUGGCAGGAACUAAUGCUCCAACUGAAUCAAAUUUGAACACUUGGCUCAAAGAGCAUCCAACCUUCCAAGUUUGCAAACCAAACUUGGUGGCUAAUAUCAGAGAAAAACUAAAAAAGCUGACUGGUGACAAGCAGCAAAUUUACAUCAAACCACAGCAUCCAAAGCCUGAACCGUUAGCCAUUCCUGUUCUGGGCCUUCCAAUGAAAACGCCAAAAGCUCCUCACACGCCCGGUGGUAGAACAAUUGUGAUUCCAUCACAGCGACUACCUGUAGCAGGGCAAUCUCCUACUGUUGCUACAAAGUCCGUUCCCAAGGUGGAGGCUAAAAGCCAGAGCGUUCCUGGGGCCAGUGUGAAAGUAGCGUUGACUAAAAGCGCGACCAAGCCACCAAGUGUUGGAUUGAAACCUAUUGCUCCAAAAAUAGUUAGCAAGGAGCAAAGUGCCAGUUCCUCAAGCAGCAAGGCCGAGCCAGCUCCUUCCACCAAGAAGCAGGGAAGUAGCGUGGAAGCAACAAGACUGAGCGUGCGGAACUCCCUGCAGGAGGUGUUCAAAGCGCGAAUGGAGGAAUGCAAGGAUUUGAAGGUGAGCGAGAACGAGCUCAAAGGCAUCGCCACGUCGAUAGAAGAGGAACUCUUUGCCUACUUCAAGGAUACUGGUGCGAAAUACAAAGCAAAGUUCAGGAGCAUUCAUUUCAACGUCAAGGACCCAAAAAACUUAUCCCUCUUCAAGAAAAUUGUGUCUGGCGAGCACACGCCCCAUCAACUUGUGCGCCUAAGCUCGGAAGACCUGGCUUCUAAAGAACUGGCGGAAUGGAGAGAACAGGAGGAGAAACAUCAAAUUGAAAUGAUUAAAAAAACCGAAAUGGACCUUUUGCACCAAAAUGUCACCUACAUCAAGACUCACAAAGGCGAACAGAUGAUUGAAACUGAUGAUUCUCUCAAGCUUCAAGCUGAUGCUGUUUUAGCGGAAACCACGGCUGAGCCUGUACCCGAUUCGUCUACUGUGGAAGGGUCGGAGGAGGCAGCCACCAUGCGGCCACCAUCGUCGUCCUCGUCGCAUGGUCGGAGCAAAAGCUCGUCCAAGGAAAAGGAGAGGAGCCACAGUAGCAGCAGCAGCAAACACCACCACCAUCACAAGUCAAGCAAGAGCAGCAGGCACCACGACAGCAAGAAGCACUCAAGCAGCCACAAGUCCUCCUCUUCCUCUUCCUCCUCACACAGCAAAGAAAAAUCUCACUCUAAAGACCCAAAAGACAGCAAUAAGGAAAAGGAGUCAAAGAUAAAAAGCGGGGACUCCCAUUCAAAGAGCAGCAGCAGCAGCAGUCGACGACACUCGCGCCAUAGCAGUUCAGACCUCAAAAGUAGAGAAUCAGAAGAAAAAUCGUCCAGGAGCAGCUCAUCCCUGAGCAAAUCUUCUGACUCAAAGUCCAGCAGCAAGGAGAAGAAGGCUGCUGUUGUCGAAGAAUUGUCUGAGAGUGCAAAAGAAAUUAUGGAGAAGUUGGAAAAAAUUAAAUCUGCACCUACGCCAGCAGUUAGUGUGCCAGAAGAAGAAACUCUGUCUGAUCGAGAACCCAGCUCUACUGUCAUUAUUAAAACUCCUGAGAGUGUUGUUGAUGAUGGGAUUACAUCAAUUUGGAGGGGUUUGGUCACUACGCAAGACGUAUCAAAUUUCAGCAUAGCAAUCAGCGAGGUAUCUGGAUCUGCGCCCAAUUUCAAUGCGGACUUCCCAAAAGUGUGUGACAUAGUGGGCAGGAUAGCCGCAGACACAGUGUGGGAGUACAUCACAAAGGUGAAGAAAGUGGGCACAAAAGAUAUUAUGGUGGUGAAGCUCACUGCUACUAGUCCUGAUGACAAACACAGUUACAUAACCUACUACAACUAUCUGCUCAGCCGGAACAGAUUUGGCGUGGUCGGCAAGAAAGGGCCCAAGCUCAAAGACUUUUACAUUUUCCCCUUGCCAAGCAAGUCGCCAGUGCCGCAGGUGUUGCUGCCAUUCAACGGUCCAGGGCUCGAGGAUAACAGGCCAAACCUGCUGCUGGGCGUGAUUGUGCAAAUGCAUAGGAAACGACCGGCAGCCGACUCGGCUAGUAGUGCAGCGGGUCCCAGCAAGGUGUCCAAGAGCAGCUCCAAGACGGAGGAGCGCAGCUACACACCGCCGCUGCCGGAAGUCAAGCGCUCAUACACUCCGCCUGUGGCGACCACCAUCGUGGAGCCAUACUCGCCAACCCAUACGGCCAAAGUGAAGGUGUCGCCUAUCGAGGAUGACGAACCAUACAGUCCAACUGGGGGCCUGAACAGUCCUGAGGAGACGGAACCUCUGUCUAGCGAGCUUGAGGAGCUGAACCGCAAGAUAGAGGAGGAGAAGCUGCGAAUCAAGACCAUCAGCAGUGAGCUUGUUUCCACCAAGGCUGAACCUGCACAGGUUUCGUCCUUCUUGUCAUCAAUUUCUACAGAUAAAAGUUCAGCCAAAGCUACCAAGAUACCCGGGUUAUCUGAGUCGGUUGGGGGGGCCUCAGCAAAGCAAAAUGAUGAUGAUGAGGCCUACAGCCCGUCACGGUCAUUUACUCCACCUCCGCAGGCCCAGUCCAUACCGUUCCUGCGCGAUACCUCGACUAUUUCUCUUCCUUCGAAUUUGCAGGAGAUCCUAGCGAGCAUCCAGAAGAAGCCGUCAAUGCCAGAGGCGUUGAGCAUGGGCAUGUCACUGGACUGCGACCCUAUUGUGCGAGAGUACGCGGACGAAACGAUUGAGGAACCUAGCACUCCCCCACUGGACUCGACGACCAAAGCGUUGAUGGAGAUCGAGCAAUUUGAGGAGGACGUGAAGCACUUUUCAAAGGAGGUGCUGCCUGCACCACACAGGGACCCGCGGCAGAAGCAGGCGAUGUCGACGCCUGAAAAGCAGUCAGCACUGAGCAAGCUGAGCGAGGAAGAGCUAAUCGCCAAGGCCAAUGAGAUGCUGAUGGCGCAGGACGUGCCCGUGGCAGUACCCGUUGCUGCCGUCAUCCCACCCCAGAUGAGUUUCCCGCCCCCGAUGCACCUGCCGCCUCCGAUACCCGCAAUGGUGCCUUCGGUCUUUGACAUUCCGCCGCCACCAUGCACAGACUUCAAGGACCAGGACAUGCGACAGUUGCAGCCGCAGCAGCAGCAACCGACAACCCCUGAGCGUAAGGGCAUAAUAUCCUUCAAGGUGAACAAGAAGCCCAACCUGCCGAGGUGGGACAGGAAGAGACAGGACGACUGGGACACGGAUGGUAGCGGUGCCUCUUACAGCAAGAGGUCGAUGAUGUCGCCGCCGCAGCAGCCGAGGGGCAAGGACUGAGCCGCCUAUAUUCGAUUUGUUUGUCCAUUCCUUUAGCUGCAUUUAUAUCACACCAUCUCGACUUUAGCUUUUGUUUGAGGAGUGCUUGCCUCUGUGUAAACUACUGAUCGCAGAUGUAAUCUCGAGAGUACACGGUGUUAUAUUUUUGCCACACAUCACUGAUCAGCUGGCGUAAACGUUGACAAUUUGUAAUAUUUUGCCCCUUUUUUGAUGGAAGCUGUUUAUGUACAAAUUGCACAAGAAUUUUGCAAAGCUCCGAAAACAGAGUGAGCUUUGCUAUAAACUUGGUGUUAAUCUUUUGUUGCUAAGGUUAAAAUUACAAUUAAAUCCAAUUAAUUUUGUCUGAAACAACAAUAAAAGAUUAAAGGUGUAAGAGUACCAUUGAAAUAAUAACUAUCAAAAAA